AUGAUAAGAAGAUACAAAUCGCCGAAAACAUAUGUCUUCAAAGUGGAAAGAAGCCAUGGAAUGAACGACAUUAUUGAAACGAUUAACGAAAUAAGCAAUAAUGAGAGACCAACUAUUGAUACAAUGCUUGAUGGUCCCCAACCACUGGGCCCAAAGUCUGCAAAUAACGGUGUACAAAAGAGCUCAUACAGCGAAUAUACUGGAUUCAGAUUCAGAAAACGGUUACCAGUAAUGGACUUUCCCCCUACACAUCUUGCGUAA